UAGCUAGCUGGUAUCUGAGUAAUUUUUAAGCCGUAGUUUGUAAGAGGAACGUCCGCUUGAUCCCUCUUUAGGAGACUGUUUUCUUUUCAUUCUUUUCAGCACAGAGGGACUGAUAUUUUGGAUUACCUGGCUGUUUUCUGAACACAAACAAGGUCACUCCAGGGCUGCUGAUGGUGAGGAGGAGGUAUUUUGCCGGUCUGUUUACGCACCGUCUGAAAGCAGUGUGUGGUUGUAAUGAGGGUGUAGUGCUCUCUCUCCCACAGGAAACAAAAAAAUAAAUGCUGCGAGUAUGAGUGUGUGUGUGUGCGCGAGAGGGCGAUGCAGUUGGAGCUCCACACACACAGAGCAUGCCUGUGAGUGCGGGCGCGGGCAAACAUGAGCCUCCCCAGCCCCGAGAGCAGCGUCCAGAGCAGCAGCGUGAGCGCCAGCCUGAGCCCCAGCAGCCUGAGUCUACCGCCCUCCUCCUCCCCCUCUCCCUCCCUCUCUCUCUCCCUCAUCUCUCGCUCCCUCGCCUCAUCCACUCUCGCCCCGCGCCGCCUCAGCCUCAGCCUGCGCCGCACCGCCUCUCCAGCACCGCCAGCCAGGGGGACAGCUCCCGCCGUUCCCACGGUGACGGUUGCCGAGCGCCGGCUGGCCCCAUGGAGGAACCCCAGGGCAACACGCUGGUCGUCCGCAUAGGCAUCCCCGACCUGCAACAAACGAAAUGUAUGAAGUUUAACGUGGAGGCACCAAUCUGGCUGUCUAAGCAGCGCAUCCUUUGCACACUGAACCAGAGCCUGAAAGAUGUGUUGAAUUACGGCCUGUUCCAGCCUGCGUACAAUGGCAAAGCCGGCAAAUUCCUGGAUGAACAGCGCACGCUGAAGGAGUACCCUCUACCAGCCAUUACCCCUAUACCAUACCUGGAGUUUCGCUACAAGAGACGUGUUUACACACAGACCCACCUGGAUGACAAGCAGCUGUCCAAACUGCACACUAAGGCUAACUUGAAGAAGUUUAUGGAAUAUGUUCAGCAGAGGAAUAUUGAGAAGGUAUCAAAGUUUCUGGAGAAAGGGCUCGACCCAAAUUUCCACGAUCCAGAGACCGGAGAGUGUCCAUUGACGAUGGCAGCUCAGUUAGAAGGCUGUGCAGAGCUCAUUAAGGUGUUGAAGGGUGGAGGAGCUCACCUGGACUUCAGGACCAGAGAUGGCAUCACCGCUCUCCACAAAGCUGUGCGCACAAAAAACCACACAGCGCUCAUAACUCUGCUGGACCUGGGUGCGAGUCCGGACUAUAAGGACAGUCGUGGUUUAACUCCACUGUACCACAGCUCCAUGGUGGGGGGGGACCCGUACUGCUGUGAGCUGCUUCUGCACGACCAUGCUCAGGUGGGCUGUGUGGACGAAAACGGUUGGCAGGAGAUCCACCAGGCCUGUCGUCAUGGUCAUGUGCAGCACCUGGAGCACCUGCUCUUCUACGGAGCUGAUAUGAGUGCGCAGAAUGCUUCUGGAAACACUGCCCUACACAUCUGUGCCCUCUACAACCAGGAUAGCUGUGCGCGGGUUUUGCUGUUCAGAGGGGCGAAUAAAGAGAUAAAAAACUACAACAGCCAAACUGCCUUCCAGGUGGCUAUCAUAGCAGGAAACUUUGACCUGGCAGAAAUUAUAAAAGUUCACAAAGCAUCAGAUGUUGUGCCUUUCAGGGAAACGCCCUCCUACACGAACCGCCGGCGUGUGACUGGAGGUGGGACUCUGACAUCAUCACGCUCGCUGCUUCGCUCCGCCUCCGACAACAACCUGAAUGGGGCAGAAGUUGGCCCCACCCAUUCGCCCGUGCCCUCUCUGCGGAGUCUGCCUCCUCUAGCGCCCCCCGGGGGCGAGGCAGCAGACGGCAGUCUGCAAAGCACAGGCAGCUCACGCUCUUCCCACUCCCGCUCACCCUCCCUGCACCGCGUCAGCGAGGAGCCCGACAUACACACCCUGCGCAGACACCCCCCACUCCCACACGGCCACAGCCGCGGACGCCUCAGCCCCGGGACAGUGCAGCGGGACCCCAGCCCGCCCCCCUCGGGGCCCUCGCACGUGCUUUCGGGGGCCCGCGGCCCCAAGCGGAAACUCUACAGUGCCGUGCCGGGACGCACCUUCAUCGUGGUCAAGCCCUACACACCACAGGGAGAAGGGGAGAUCCAGCUGAACCGUGGAGAGAGGGUCAAAGACUACCACUCAAACGCAGUGGAAGUGUUGAGUAUAGGUGAAGGGGGAUUCUGGGAGGGCACAGUGAAAGGCAGAACUGGCUGGUUCCCUGCGGAGUGUGUGGAGGAGGUGCAGAUGAGACAGUAUGACCCUCGUCUAGAAACAAGAGAGGAUCGUACCAAGAGGCUAUUCAGACACUACACUGUGGGCUCCUACGACAACUUUACCUCUUACAGUGAUUACAUCAUUGAAGAGAAGGAUGCCGUGCUUCAGAAGAAAGAGAAUGAAGGUUUUGGCUUUGUCCUGCGAGGAGCAAAAGCGGAGACACCCAUCGAGGAGUUUACCCCCACACCUGCCUUCCCUGCAUUGCAGUACCUGGAGUCUGUUGAUGUGGAGGGUGUGGCCUGGAGGGCGGGGCUAAGGACAGGUGACUUCCUCAUUGAGGUGAAUGGGGUGAACGUAGUGAAGGUGGGCCAUAAGCAAGUGGUGUCCCUCAUCCGGCAGGGCGGGAACAGUCUAUUGAUGAAGGUGGUGUCUGUCACACGCAAACCCGAAUCUGAGGAUGUGGUCAGGAAAAAGGCACCGCCACCACCCAAGAGAGCGCCCAGCACCACACUCACCCUGAGGAGCAAGAGCAUGACCGCUGAGCUGGAGGAGCUGGCAUCUGCAAGAAGGAGGCGAGGAGAAAGGCUAGAUGAAAUCUUGGCCUCCCAGGAGUCAGUGCUGAAGCCACAAGUGGAGGCAGACUAUAGAGCAGCCACGGUGAAGCAACGACCAACAAGUCGCCGAAUUACACCAGCAGAAAUCAGUUCUCUUUUCGAGCGGCAGGGUCUUGCUUUACAUGGUGCCCUUCACCCAGCGCUGGAAAAAGCUCACAUGCAGCUGCCCAAAGGCAUGUCCAGAACCAAGUCCUUCGGAGCCACUGAGGAGGACCGGCUGUCUGCCCUGGCGGCGGAGCAUAGGUUUCCCCGGAGCUCCUCUAUGACGGACAGCCUAAGAGACAGUCACAGCAUCCCUCCCCCUCCCCAGACGGCACCCCCUCCUCCACCUUCGCUCUACUAUCUGGACACAGGUCCUCCUCCAGCUUUCUGUCCCCCGCCCCCUCCCCCCAGUCGGCUUCACGACCCCAGUCGCUCCAGCUUUAAGCCAGGCUCAGAGCCGAGGCUGCACGCCCUGCCGCAGACCAUGUCAGCUGAGAUGUACGAGCCUCCCCGGCAUGCUGCCCACAUCGAGCGGCAGAAGAAGGCUCGGUCCAUGAUCAUCUUGCAGGACUCCACCCACCUCCCUGUGGAACCCACGGACAUCCCACGGCCUGGCCCGGCCUCCACCCCGCCUGAGAGGAUCAAGAGGAAAGGGCGGGUCAUUGACAACCCUUACGCCAAUGUGGGCCAGUUCAGCAUGGGCCUGUACACACCACCGCCCAGCAAGCCCCAGCGUAGGAAGAGCCCGCUGGUGAAGCAGCUGCAGGUGGAAGAUGCCCAAGAAAGGGCAUCGCUGGCCCUGGCUUCGGUCCAUGCACGAGAGCACUCACCCACGGGCCGACUGGCGGCCCACCACACCAGCAGGGCCGAGUACUACCAGCAGCAGCUGCUGCAGGAGCGCACACGUGCCCAGGCUGAGGGGCUGCUGCAUGGCAAGGGGCCUUUUGCCGCUGCCAUUGCCGGUGCCGUCAAGGACAGGGAGCGGCGCCUUGAGGAGCGGCGGAAAUCCACAGUCUUCCUGUCCGUGGGCACAAUGGAAGGCAGCUCGGCCACUCCUGUAGAGGCUCCCUCUCUCACACAAUCCCAUUCCGUUGAUGAACGCUUGCUGACUAGUGAGCUCGGUCAGCUGCCUCCUCCUGCCUUGGCAUUGCGACCCUCUCCGGGCGGCACCACCUUUAUCCACCCACUGACAGGCAAGCCCCUGGACCCCAACUCCCCGCUGGCACUUGCGCUGGCCGCAAGGGAACGGGCUUUAACUUCCCAGAGCCAGUCCCCUGCCAGCAGCCCUGAGCCCAGGACUAAACAUGAGGCUGCUGGAGGGGUGUUGCUCAUGGACACCCAAACCAAAGAGGCCGAGCGUUCAGAAGGCGAAGGGGAGCUUGCCUCCCCCCCCUUCUCCCCUGGAGGAAAAAGGAGCUACACUCCUGCCCCUACUAGCAAAAUCCAGUGGGGGACGCCCACCACUGCAAGAAAAGAAAUGGAAAUAGGAGCAGAUAAGAAAGACGAGAGGAAGGUGGAGGACAAGAAGAGCAUGAUCAUCAGCAUUAUGGACACAUCACAGCAGAAGACUGCUGGGCUUAUUAUGGUUCAUGCAACCAGUAAUGGACAGGCAGUGGGACUGGGCCCAGACCGUGUUUCCCCCCCUCCCAAAGGCAUGCGGACAGAGAGCCCGAAACCUAUGCUGGCUGAAAUCAAGCGUGCAAAGUCCCCUAGUCCAGAAGCAGCCUCCACUCCAACACCAACCACACCCUCAACCCCCCAGGCUCCGCCUAGUCCCACCUCAGAUAAACGCCCCCAGCCAUCCUCUAGCCCAUCUUCAGAUAAAACCUUGGCCCAGGGAAGCUCAGAGGAAGAUGUAGAGCCCUAUACAGUCACGUUACCACCUGCUAUGUUGUCCUCUAGUGAUGAGGAGACACGAGAGGAACUUCGCAAAAUUGGAGUGGUUCCCCCACCAGAUGAAUUUGCCAAUGGUGUCCUGGCAAAGGCACCGGAAGCUGCUGUACCUCCUGCUCCUCCUUUGGCAGGCAAGCAAACAGUGCCCUCAGACUCAGCCCAGGCCCCUGCCCCUUCGACAGCAGCUGCUGCCACAGCAGCACAGGCCCCAGCCGCCAGCGGCCCACCAGCAGCCUCAGGGAAGCCAUCUGAGCCCCACCUGGGCCCAGAGUCUGCUGCUGACUCUGGGGUGGAGGAGGUGGACACUCGUAGCUCCAGUGAUCACCACCUGGAGACCACGAGUACCAUCUCCACCGUCUCCAGCAUGUCCACACUGUCCUCAGAGAGCGGUGAGCCCACCGACACCUACACCUCCCACGCCGACGGCCAGACCUUCAUCCUCGACAAGCCGCCAGUGCCUCCAAAGCCAAAGCUCAAGUCCCAGCUCAGCAAGGGCCCCGUGACGUUCAGGGACCCCCUGCUUAAGCAGUCCUCUGACAGCGAGCUGCUCUCACAGCAGCACGCGGCUGCGCUGGCUGCCGCCACGGGGGCCUCGGGCCCAGCAAGACCCCGCUACCUCUUCCAGAGACGCUCCAAGCUAUGGGGGGACCCCAUAGAGCCCCGUCCGCUUGCAGGCGCAGAGGAAGGCAAGCCCACUGUGAUAAGCGAGCUCAGUUCCAGACUGCAGCAGCUCAACAAGGACACGCGCUCGCUUGGAGAGGAGCCUCUCGGAGGCUCACUCGACCCUGGACGCAAGUCGCCUGUGGCUGGUGCCAGACUCUUCAGCAGUCUAGGAGAGCUCCACACCAUCUCUCAGAGAAGUUACGGCACCACCUACACCAUCCGGCCGGGCAGCCGUUACCCGGUGACCCGUCGGACCCCCAGCCCUGGCUCUGGCUCCCCGGACCGCUCUGACCCUCUAGGACCUAUCCGGGGCUUUGGCCUGGCUACCUCCCCCACCACUCCCCCCACCAUCCUCAAAUCCUCUAGCCUCAGCCUGCCUCAUGAGCCUAAAGAGGUGCGCUUUGUAAUGCGGAGCUCCAGUGCCAGGAGCCGCUCCCCAUCGCCCGCCCAUUCCCCUGGUCUGCCCGCCCCGCUGCUGACCCUGCGCCCCUUCCAUCAGAAGCCUCUCCACCUGUGGAACAAGUACGACGUGGGCGACUGGUUGGUGAGCAUUAACCUGGGUGAACACCGCGAGCGCUUCCAGGAGCACGAGAUCGAGGGCUCCCACCUGCCCGCACUCACCAAGGACGACUUCGCCGAGCUGGGGGUGACCCGCGUCGGACACCGAAUGAACAUCGAGCGCGCCCUGAAACAGCUGCUGGAGAGUUGACCCCUCGCCCUGCUGCAUCUGUAGCUAGUCUCACCACAAAGUUCUCUUUUUUUGCCACACUUUUCCUUCAUUAUUUUUGCAUGGGUUUUGUUUUCUUUUGUGAGUUUCAGUUAACGUAUCUUUACUUAGGCCCUGAAUCAUCUUAUUGGUUCAAGGAAGUAAGCCCCACCUCUUUAGUAGCAGUUUCACUCCAGACCCCUCCCAUUUUGCUACCGGCAGACGAUUAGACGGGUUCCGUUUAUUAGUGGGGCUAAGAUUUGCAUGAUUCCCAUGUAGAACAUCUUAUCAGCGAAAGCUUGACUUGCAUUACUGAACACGGUAAUCACCCUCGGUUUCCAUAUCUCCUCUCCUCCCUCUUUCCCCCUCUUCCUGUACCCUUGGCCUAUCGCUAUCUGCCGCUUAAGGUUCUACCAGUCAUUCAAAGAAAAAGAAAACAAAAAAAAAACAACAAAAGGAGGGAUGAUGUUGGAAGAGGGAAGUUCAGUUGCCUUUCAGAGUAUUUUUUAGACGUGGAUGAGCAGAGUGGGUGUGGCUGGGUCGUUUCUACCUGCCGCCUGCCCCCUUCUGGCUGAGGGACGUAUUACAUCUGGAGAAUGUUAAACCAACACUAGUGGCUUUUUCAUAAUCAGACUUUUCCUUUGGGGUUCCAAAGGGAAUGUGACAUUAGAUAGGAUAUCUCAAUGUAUUUGCAUAGCUUUGAAAAAGGAGAGAGACUGAGAAAAGACAAGAUGAACUGUGCAGAAGCGCACCAGUCUCUCUCCCUUAGAUGAUGUUUAUUCCAUCAAUAAUUUACUCAUUUUUACCAAUUAUAUACAUAUAUAUAUUUGACAGAAAAGUAUAUAGAUAUAUGAAUAUAACAUUUUGUCAUAAAUAUAAAACUUAUAUAUGGUAUUCUAUAUAAAGACAAAAAACACUGUUGAAAAUGACUUUUUUUUUCCUACUGGUCAUCCUUUUAUGGACUGUAGCAUGAAAAGUCACAUCUUUAGGUGUGACAGGUAUCAGAUUUGUUAACAGCGCAUUGUACCAUCCCCUUUUUUCCUCUUGCUUUAUUUGAUGAGUUUAUGUAAUUUACAAAACUUGGUCUUCCGCCUACAAUUAGGGGGUCCCACGGUGGAGAGUGUGUUGGAUUGAGCCCCUGUAUCUCACACACAAACACACACCACUAAGUACUUGACAACAUCUCUGUGACACUGUCAAUGAACAGCUCCUCGCACACUCGCACACAUGAAUAUUCCUCCAUAUCAAAUUUUACCCAAAGUCUUAACCAUCUUCUUUGCAGUAUUUUUUUUUUUUAUUUGGUGAUUUUUAGGUAAAUUUGAGAUCAGCUACGCAAUAAAAGAGUGUGCUUGUGUGUUUCUGUGUGUUGUGAUGGGGCCACCGUGGGACAAGAAACAUCUUUACCCUACAUGGUAGCUCAGCUGCAUGUUACUGACAGAUGUUUAAGAUCUCAUAAAAGAAACAGAAGGCAGAAUCUAUAAUUGUAAGAGAUUUUCUGAGCCACUACACAGGGGCUCGUGUGGCUCAGGGGCUCUUCAGCUCAGCUCUAAAGCACUGAAGCAUUUCGGCAGUUCAUUUGGGCUUAUUUAUUUAUUUAUUUAUUGGUUUUGAUUUGUUUUCUGUUAAACCCCAUCAUAGGUGGAUUUUGUAGCUUGUGAAAUAUAAUGCUUAGAAUAAUUUUUUAUUAAUUACCUUAGAUUAAAUUUUAGAAAGACUAAAAGAUGACGACACAAAAAAAGCUGUCCUUUCAAAACUCAAACUGUAUAUAUGGACAAAUUACAAAUUAUUUGCUUUUUAUAUCAAUCACAAGCAAUGUAUAUAUGAUAGUUUUCAUAUAAAUUUUUAAAAAAUCAAAAAAUAUAUAGAUCUAUAUAUGAAUGUUUGGCAUAUAUGCAUAGUUAACCACCUGUCGAAAAAGGUGAAAAGAUUUUAUCCUUUGUAUGGACCGAGUUUGGGGAUGAUUUGCACAAAACAAGGUGCUAGCAUUCAAGCCAUCCAUUCUCAUGUCUCCACUUCCAUCACUUCCAUCUUCCCUCUAAGAAAACAACACAUACUUAACUCAGUGUCACUACGCACGUGCGCAAACACACGCAAAUCUCACCAGUUUAUUUACUUUACUUUAAGAAAUGUUGGUACCAGAAAGAAAAGAGUGUUAAAUGUCUGAAUAAGAACUGUUAAACAAAAAAACGGUGAAAAAUGGACAUUAGACUGUGUGCUAGGAUACCUAAACACCAACGAUUCAUCACUGAUGUUGGAAUCCACACAACAAAGUGAGUUCAGACAUGAAGAGCCAAGGACAACUCCUCUUUUGCAGAAUCCGUGCAUCUUUGUAAUGAAGCCUUCUGGAGCCCCAUGUACUUGGCAGGAACACUGUUUUGCAAAGCCUCUAUCUUGGUGGCUACGUUGUUUUUAGAAUUAGCACCUAUCAUCACUCUGACCGAGUCCUAAUCUCAGAGCUUUCCACUGCGCCCUUCUAGCAGAUGGGCUUGGAUGCAGGUGGGAAUUCUGGUAGCCUAACUUACAAAGUGGACUUGUUUCAUUGCUCCACUUGGAGUGAGGGGCUUUGGAUGAGAAUAGUGCUAGAGAAGGGAAAGGAACAACCUCUCCAUGUCUUAACAACCAAGAAAAAGGGCUCAUUUUAUGAAAAACUGAACAUAGCAUUUACUCCCCAGUCCAUAUAUGGAAACUUUCUGAAGUCAUUGUUUUUGUGAUGUCACAAAAAGCAGCGCAUUUACAUAUUUACACCUGUUCAGCCUACAGCAGUUUAGACCACACAUUCAUGUUGAAGCUGUAAGAAGUUAUUCAUAUGUAUGUAUUUAUAUACAUAUAUCAGUCUUAAAGGCACAGUAACCAAAAAAGCCUGUAUAAUUCUAAGAGAUAAGAGAGGUUGGAAAUGGUCACAUAAAAAUGAAUUUUGACUGUUUUGGUACCUAAACCCACACAAAUUAAAAGAAUAGACAUGGGCCCUUUAACUGAUUUAACUCUUCAGAAUUCAGACUCACCUUCCUUCAUAAUCAAGAAGAAGAAUAAUUAAGAACUGAACAAACCACAGACAGAGGUAGUGCCUUUCCCUUUUCCCUCCUGUCUAAGGCAUACAAAUUGCUUAAGCUCAGAAGCUAGAACAUUGCAGAGGGAAGCUCUGAGCUGAUUUGGAGAUGGAACCCUGAAAAAACUGUGACUUACAUUCAUGUCCUCCACUGCAGACCAGCAUUUUUUUUUUACAUCGUGAACCCUGUAACCCUUGCAUCAAGUAGCUCUUAAUUGAACUUAAUCCUUGAAUUCAGUUUCUUUUCAAAGGCUUUUCAAGCUUAGUAAUUCAUUUUAAAUCUAGUUAAAGUAAUUAAUACAUUAUUGUUUGCUUUAAGAACGCCAGAUGCUGUUGAUUCGUGGCUUUUUCGUAUGGGGUCCUUCCUGAGAGAGACUGAGGAAGAUAACUGGUGUUGUUCUGCUCUGCUUUGGAUUUUACACUGACACCCUGAGCCCAUGAGCCAUGUUCACAAUCAGUCCUCUCUCUGAACCCAUAACGUUCAUUUGCACUGGUCAUAUUCAUGUUCCAACACUCUUCUCAUCCCCUCUCUUUAUUUUGGGAUAUUUAUUUUUGUGUUUGUGUCUGUAUGGAGUGAUUAGUAAUUACAAGUGAAAGAUGAAAAGAAAAAAAAAAAGAAUGUGCCAAAAAGUAAGUAGUUUUUAGCUCGACACUAGUUCUGUUGAGGUCUAAAGCUGUUAGAAUCAGCACUAUGGUGCCACCUCCUGGAAAUCUUGAGAACUCCAGACAGUUCCAGCUGCAUCUCUCAUUGUAUCUAGUGCAGAAGUGUUUUGUUUUUGUUUUUUUUUCUUUUUCCUUCGAGUAGAAGUCAGAUACAUUUUUAUGUUUUGUAAAGUAUUACACUAACCUGUAACUGACCUGGUUUUAUGGGCUUUUCAAGGACAAUUCAGUUCUGGGUUUGAGUAUUAGUUUUGUUUUGGCUGAACUCCAGCAAGCUUUUGAGUGACUGACUGCAUUAGAUAGACCUCCCCCUCCUUCCCCCUCCCUCUUCAGUGAUGCAGCUCAGAUACAGGAGGGCUUUGAUUCUUUGAACAAAAAAAAGAGUGACAAUGGAAAUUGCAGAUGAUUUCUUUGUAACUUUACCAUAUUUAACAAAAAUGGUUGGGGGAAACGUGAAAUAAAACACAUCAUUCACAUUA